UCAAAAAUUCAUCGUGAUCGCAAUAUUCACAAUUCACAUAAAAUAAUCAAUUCUCAAAACCAAUUAACAUCAAAUGCCUAAUAAAUAAUGAAUAACGAUUAACGGUAGUAAAUACUAAAUAAUUACUAUAUUAUCUGUGUAAGUAAACUGCGUACAAAUUACAAUUUCCAAAAUCUGAUUUCUCUUGUUAUUAGCCAUUAUUCCGACAUUAACCAUUACCCAUUAGUCAAUCGUCAUUGGACAAUUCUCAUUAAUUAUAAUUUUUUUAUUUCAUGGAAGUCUUAUAAUUGACUAAAAUGACGAACGAAUAAUUAUAUAUUGCCUGAAUUCGAAAUUGCACAAAUGGAACAGUAUUUUCCAUCGAUUAACGAAGGUAAAAAGUAUGAGACCCGUUCCACAAUGGGUUCAAAAAUGAAAACGAACAAGAGUAUGUCAGGAAUUGUAAUCCGGAGCCAUAGAUCUCUUAUGAAUGAUGGAAUAUUAAUGAAAUCAGGAAUAGGAAAACCAUCAAUUUACCAUGCAUUGGUUAUUAUAUUCUUAGAGUAUUUUGCUUGGAGCAUACUAACUUUACCAAUAAUAUCAAAAUUAAAUAAUACAUUCCAAGAUCAUGCUUUGCUUAUGAACGGUAUUAUUUGGGGUAUAAAGGGUAUUCUAUCAUUCCUAAGUGCUCCAUUGAUUGGUGCCUUAUCUGAUGUUUGGGGACGAAAAUUAUUUCUAUUAUUAACAGUGUUUUUCACUUGUAUUCCAAUACCUUUUAUGUGUAUUGAUUCUGGGUGGUUUUUUGCCUUAAUAAGUGUUUCUGGAUUAUUUUCUGUUACGUUUUCCGUUGUAUUUGCUUAUGUAGCAGAUGUGAGUGAUGAAAAAGAAAGAAGUUGCUAUUAUGGCUGGAUAACUGGAACAUUUGGAGCCAGUAUGGUUUUUGGACCAGCUCUUGGUUCAUAUAUUAUGGAAAUUUACAAUACUAAUUUUGUUGUAUUUUUAGCAUCAUUAAUAGCACUUUUAAAUGUAUUUUUCAUUAUUGUUGCUGUACCGGAAAGUCUGCCACAUAAACAACGAACAUCUACUAAUUGUAUAUCUUGGAAAAAAGCAGAUCCAUUUGUUGCUUUGAGAAUGGUUGGUCGAGAUCGAACUAUAUUAAUAUUAUGCUUAACAGUAUUCUUGUCAUAUCUUCCUGAAGCAGGAGAAUACUCUUCAUUAUUUGUUUACUUGAGACUUGUUAUGGGAUUUAGUAUGUUCAAAGUAUCUCUACUUAUUGCUUUACUAGGACUAUUGUCUGCAGUUAUUCAAUCUGUUCUUGGCAUAAUAAUGAAAAUGAUGGGAGCUAAAUACACAAUAAUGAUAGGUUUGGUAUUUGAAAUCAUGCAACUUAUGUGGUUUGGAUUUGGUUCAGAAACUUGGGUUAUGUGGUCUGCCUGUUUUUUGGCUGCCAUUUCAAGUGUUACAUAUCCUGCUAUUAGUUCAUUUGUUUCCAUUUAUUCAGAUGCAGAUAAGCAAGGUGUGGUUCAAGGAGUAGUAACUGGAGUAAGAGGCCUUUGUGGAGGAUUAGGACCUGCAAUGUUUGGAUUUAUAUUUUAUUUAUUUGAUGUUAAUUUAAAUGAAGGAAUGCAAAUAGCUCAUACUACUCAUCAUUCACUUAAUAGUUCAGUCAUAAUUACACAUUUAAAGUAUAAUAUAAAUAAUAACCCAUCUUCUUCGAUGAUUCCAGGACCACCAUUUGUUUUUGGUUCACUACUUGUUAUGUGUGCAUUACUAGUCUCUGUUUUUAUUCCAGAAAAUGUUCCCAAUGGAUCGGACCAACGUCAUAAACAAAUAGGUUCUUCAACCCAAGUACAGUACCAAAUUGGUCGAAUAAAUGUUCAAUCCUACCUUUAAUUGGCUGUCUAAUCACAUAUUAUAUUUAGUGUUGGUUUCUUAUAAAAAGAACAAUAGUAACUACCUUUUGUGAUUUGUGUUAAAGCUUAUACAUAUUUAAAAUUUAUUUGUUCACAUUGAGUUAAACUUUACAUUGAAAGAAUAGUUACUAUACAUUUUUUUUUAAAUAAUUCCUAUGGAAGCUUUAUUUAAUUUAUUUAUAUGAUAAUUUAUUAUUUAUCAUAGUAUUAUACACAAGUUGUUUUAAAGCUUGUGCAUCCACUAUUAGUUAUAAAAGUAAAAUCAUGAUGUUUUUAUUCUAUAAAUGUUUCUCCAGUUAAAUAAACAUGAAUACAUUAAUAUUGUAUUAAUUAAAUUUGUGUAUACAUUACAUAUUUAAUAUUUUUAAUAAUUAAUUGGAUGAUGUUAAAUGAUAUAAUAAAAAUAUAUGCAUUAAAAAAAAAUCUAUUUAGUUGUAUAAAAUAAAAAUUAAGUAUUUUAAAGUAUACUGUUUAUCGUAUUAUACAUUUUUUGUCAUCAAAAUGUAUGUAUAUUAUGUUAAAUUUUUAUUUUACUUUUAACUUAUUUAUACUUUUGAUCUCUGUUAAGUUAGUUAAAAUUUUAAAAACAUUAUUAAGUUAUUAUGCACUCAAAUUACACCGCUCCUAUUUUCGUAGAUAUAAAUUAAUUGUGUAGUAUUGCGUCGAUUAGGAUUUGCAAGUUCCAUGUUAAAAUUGUAAUUUUAAUGUUUAAACGAUAAAUAAAAUCGAUUUAAUUGGCAA